AAGGUGGCUCCCCGCCGCUGAGGAUGGGAGAGCCUGGCGAGCUGAAACCAGAGCUCCCGCUCAGCUGGGGCUCGGGGAGGUCCCUGUAAGAGCCGCCUGCCCGCCGGCAGCACGCUCGCCCUCCGCUCGCGUCCCUCCCUGGCAGUCGCUCGGGCACCGCCGCCACCGCCGCCGCGGGGAGGAUGGAGCUGGGCUGGUGGCCGCAGCUGGGGCUCGCGUUCCUGCAGCUCCUUCUCAUCUCGUCCUUACCAAGAGAGUACACGGUCAUUAACGAAGGCUGCCCCGGAGCCGAGUGGAACAUCAUGUGUCGGGAGUGCUGUGAAUAUGACCAGAUUGAAUGUGUUUGCCCUGGAAGGAAGGAGGUGGUGGGUUAUACCAUCCCUUGCUGUAGGAAUGAGGAGAAUGAGUGUGACUCCUGCCUCAUUCACCCAGGUUGCACCAUCUUUGAAAACUGCAAGAGCUGCAGGAAUGGCUCAUGGGGGGGCACCCUGGACGACUUCUACGUGAAGGGCUUCUACUGUGCGGAGUGCCACGCAGGCUGGUACGGGGGCGACUGCAUGCGAUGUGGCCAGGUGCUCCGAGCCCCAAAGGGUCAGAUUUUGUUGGAGAGCUACCCUCUAAAUGCUCACUGUGAAUGGACCAUUCAUGCCAAACCUGGGUUUAUCAUCCAACUAAGGUUUGUCAUGUUGAGCCUGGAGUUUGACUACAUGUGCCAGUAUGACUAUGUUGAGGUCCGUGACGGAGACAAUAGUGACGGCCCGAUUAUCAAGCGUGUCUGUGGCAACGAGCGGCCGGCUGCCAUCCGGAGCUCGGGCCCCUCCCUGCAUGUCCUCUUCCAUUCUGAUGGCUCCAAGAAUUUUGAUGGCUUCCAUGCCAUCUUUGAGGAGAUCACAGCGUGUUCCUCGUCGCCUUGUUUCCAUGAUGGCACCUGCCUCCUAGACAAAGCCGGCUCUUACAGGUGUGCCUGCCUGGCAGGCUACACCGGGCAGCACUGUGAAAACCAAAGAGCCGAGCAGGUCCACAGAGUUCUGGAGGCUGAGAAGUUCAAGACCAAGGCACCGGAAGAUGCAUUGUCUGUCCUUGAAGAAAGAAACUGCUCUGCUCCUGGAGGCCCAGUGAAUGGGUACAGGAAAGUCACAGGAGGCCCUGGGCUUAUCGAUGGGCGCCAUGCAAGAGUUGGCACUGUUGUGUCCUUCUUUUGUAACAACUCCUAUGUUCUCAGUGGCCCCGAGAAGAGGACUUGCCAGCAGAAUGGAGAGUGGUCAGGAAAACAGCCCAUCUGCAUCAAAGCCUGCCGAGAACCAAAGAUCUCAGAUCUGGUGAGAAGGAGAGUUCUUCCAAUGCAGGUUCAAUCAAGGGAGACACCAUUACAUCAACUCUACUCAGCGGCCUUCAGCAAGCAGAAACUCCAAGGUGUCCCAACCAAGAAGCCGGCUCUUCCCUUUGGAGACCUGCCUACUGGGUACCAACAUCUUCACACCCAGAUCCAAUAUGAGUGCAUCUCACCCUUCUAUCGUCGCCUGGGGAGCAGCCGGAGGACUUGCCUGAGAACUGGAAAAUGGAGUGGGCGGGCCCCUUCCUGCAUCCCCAUCUGUGGGAAAAUUGAGAACGUCACUUCUCCGAAGACCCAAGGGACACGCUGGCCUUGGCAGGCAGCCAUUUACAGGAGGACCAGUGGGGUCCAUGAUGGCGGCCUGCACAAGGGUGCCUGGUUUCUGGUCUGCAGUGGCGCCCUGGUGAAUGAGCGCACAGUCGUAGUGGCUGCCCACUGUGUCACUGACCUGGGCAAGAUCAACAUGAUCAAGACAGCAGACCUCAAAGUUGUCUUGGGAAAAUUCUACCGGGAUGACGAUCGGGAUGAGAAAACCAUCCAGAACCUUCGGAUUUCCGCUAUCAUUCUGCAUCCCAACUAUGACCCCAUCCUGCUGGACGCUGACAUCGCCAUCCUGAAGCUCCUGGACAAGGCCCGUGUGAGCUCCCGCGUCCAGCCCAUCUGCCUCGCAGCCGCUCGAGAUCUCAGCACCGCCUUCCAGGAGUCCCACAUCACCGUGGCUGGCUGGAACAUCCUGGCAGACGUGAGGAGCCCCGGCUUCAAGAAUGACACACUCCGCUCAGGGGUGGUCAGGGUGGUGGACUCCCUGCUGUGUGAGGAGCAGCACGAGGAACACGGCAUCCCAGUGAGUGUCACUGACACCAUGUUCUGUGCAAGCCGGGACCCCUCUGCCCCUUCUGAUAUCUGCACUGCAGAGACGGGCGGCAUUGCGGCCAUGUCCUUCCCGGGCCGGGCAUCCCCUGAGCCACGCUGGCAUCUGAUGGGGCUGGUGAGCUGGAGUUACGACAGAACAUGCAGCCACAGCCUCUCCACGGCCUUUACCAAGGUGCUGCCUUUCAAAGACUGGAUUGAGAGAAACCUGAAAUGAGUCGGCUGCAGGCCUGUGCAGUAGCUUUGCCGUGUAGCCAUGUGGCAGGUAUGCUGCAUGACACGUGGUGGAUCUGAAGCGUGAUUUUGCCUGUGAACUUGGCUUUGCCAGUGCUUCUGCCUGAGGGACCUCACUCACUGGAGGAUGAGCAGAGCUUGGUUUCUGGAGGCAAAUUGCCUUCCUGACUGCUUGGGAAACCAUUUGGAAGACAACAGGGCUUGCAAGAACUGAGUUUGUUCAAAGAAGACCGUAUGAAUAGAAAAAGAAAAUCUCCCCAUUCAACUGACCUGGUGGCCUCCCCCACCUUUCUGUCAUGUGGUCACGAUCAGCUUUGGUUGAAGGAGAGCUGACCCGAGGAGAGGAGAUCGUGGCUUCAGAAGGCCUCUGUCAAGGCUGCGAUCAAACCUAGUUCCAGAGAGCUGCCUGCAGAGCAGCCGAGGGGAGUGGAGCUGGCACAUGGCACGUGCCUCUGUGUACAUUGCCAUGGUACAACCUGGCCCUUUUCUCUCCCAAUCUGUCCACAUUUUAAUAAAACAAGGGUUAGCUUCUGACCUACAAAACAAAUGUGCUACACUCUUAU